AUGUCCGCCAUUCUCCUCUUCUGCACCGCCAAGGUGCCAGCAAAGGUCAUCGAUCAAUUAAUGGAGGAAUCUGCCACUGCCGAAGAUGCAGACAAUAUAUUCAGUCUGGUCCGGAGCCCAGAUCAACAACGCCUGGAUGAAUGGAAGACUGAGCCCCCGGUGCAAGACUACGACACGGGGUUCGAGGCUACACCCGACGCCGAGUUACGAAGCCUCAUUGAGCCGCUGAUUCAGAGAUCAACAAACGGAAACUCAACCAGCCUUGCCAGCGAUUGGAUGGCGGUACUCGACGAGAAAUCCGAGGCGCAGUCUGCCGUGGUGUUGCACUACUCGUACCCACGGGAACUUUGGGAGGAGGCCAUUGUUGGCCCGGCCGAAGUUGGCCAGGAGACCAUCUGGUGGAAAUGGCGUGUGCCGUUCAAGGCAGCUUGUACCUUUUUUACUGCCAUUGAUAGCUGUGGCUUCAACGCGAUUGAGCUGUAUUCGCGGGAGGAAUACCGUGACGCCGAGGGAGUCCUUCAGACUGAGACCCCAGACAUGAUUCUUGCGGGGGAAAUGCCAGAUCCAAACGAGACGUAG